CAGCCUCUACUGAGUACAAACCACUUUCCAUACUUUAAAGGAAUAUUAAUACUCUCUAUUAUCCCCUUAAUUAAGUUGCUCUUACACCUAACUGAGUCGCGAAUGCGGACGUUUUCUGAGUUCUCAUAUUAUCAAUAACUUCCAGGACCUCUUCAAUAAUAACUCUAGCUUCUCAGCAAGGCAACAACGGAUCAAAAUGGAUUCUAAUUACGAAAUGCCUGCCACCUAUUUCAUCCAUUCGCUCUCUGACGAAUCUCAACCUAGAACAAAUGAGGAAGCAUAUACCUGGUUUCCUACGAUGGACUUUGGCAGCGUAUGGCCCUUGGAUCAUUGUGACUUGGUUGCUUUCAACGCCUUGCUUCUCUCUGAAGGAACCUGGCAGACGACUCCGAGGCUUACCAUAGCGACUAAUUUAUACCGCAUCUUCGCCACGUGUGAGCUCUUAUAUCCCAAGUUCAAAGAUGGCCCACUCAAGAAGAGUGAAGUGCGAGACUUCUUCUCCCUUGUCUAUGCCCAUCUAAGUGACCACUGUCUCGCCCACGACCACUUAGAGGAAGACGGUCCCCGACGCAUAGCCAACCUUGUGGAGUUCUUCAUCCAUGCGUCUCCGAACUACAGUCCUAAAAAAUAUAUCAUCGAUCUAGAUAUGGUUCCGCUUAACGAGAUAAUACGCCGAUUUACGUUGAUGUCGAGUUUUCCAGAACGUACAUGGUUCUACUGAUAGACUCGCACAUCGCCACGGACUAAGACUACGCUGCAGGUUUUACUCGACCUCAGCAAAUGAUAAUCGUUUAGCUUAAUGAUAGUCGCUUAAGCAUUGGGGUAGGGUUUGAGAGUCUUGUAGAAUAGAUAGUAGCUCCAGAAGACCGGGGAGAGAAGUAGAACGGACGACAAGACUCCCAUUGAGUCGAGACUUUCCUUACAACAUAU